AUGGCUGAGACGGAGGUCGAAGGCCGAGACGAGGAGGAGACCCAUUCAUCGUCGUUGUCGUCGCGGCCGUUGCCGUUCCACAGGCUUCUCAGCUACGCCGACGCAGUAGACUGGGCGCUGAUGGGGUUGGGAUCCGUGGGCGCUGUCGUUCAUGGCAUGGCUCAGCCCAUUGGCUAUCUCCUGCUCGGCAAAGCACUCGAAGCAUUUGGGAGCAACGUAGGUGACCAAACCGCCAUGGUUGAAGCGCUGAAGAAGGUGAUUCCGUAUGUGUGGUACAUGGCGGCUGCUACGUUUCCUGCAGGAAUGCUCGAGAUCUCAUGUUGGAUGUAUACCAGCGAGCGACAAGUAGCACGGUUGAGGUUGGCGUUUCUCAGAGCAGUUCUUCACCAGGAUAUUGAAGCCUUUGACACAGAGUUAACCACCGCUAAGGUCAUGGCAGGAGCAACACACCACAUGAGCACCAUACAGGACGCCAUUGGAGAGAAGUUGGGUCACUUCAUCUCCUGCUUCGCCACUUACUUUGCUGGUGUUGUGAUCGCCAUCGUUAGCUGUUGGGAAGUAGCUUUGCUCUCUUUGAUGGUGCUGCCCAUGAUUCUGGCCAUCGGAGCUACAUACACGAGAAAGAUGGAGGGUCUAUCGGCGUUGAGGAUGUCGUACUUGUCUGAGGCAACAUCAGUCGUAGAACAGACCUUAUCCCACAUCAAGACCGUGUUCUCUUUCGUUGGAGAGAGCUCCUCGUUGAAGUCCUUCACUCGGAACGUGAAGCAGCAGUACGCCAUGAGCAAAAAAGAAGCUGCAAUUAAGGGGUUGGGGUUGGGCUUGUUUCAGACCGUCACGUUCUGUUCUUGGGCUCUGGUUGUGUGGGUAGGCGCCGUCGUCGUGACCGCAGGAAGAGCAAACGGAGGCGAGACCUUGGCAGCUAUAAUGAGCAUCCUCUUUGGAGCCAUAUCGAUCACCUAUGCCGCACCAGACUUGCAGAUCUUUAACCAGGCAAAAGCUGCAGGAAGCGAGGUCUUCAAGGUGAUCGAAAGAAAGCCAAGGAUAAGUUACGAGACAAAAGGAGAAAAGCUAGAGAAGAUUGUUGGAGGAAUCGAGAUUAAUGGGGUGUCAUUUGCUUACCCAUCUCGUCAGGAUAAGCUUGUUCUGCAAGGCUUCUCAUUGUCCAUACCAGCAGGCAAAGUGUUUGCGUUGGUAGGUAGCAGUGGCUGUGGGAAGAGCACUCUCCUCUCCCUUGUCCAAAGGUUCUACGAUCCAAUUUCAGGUGAGAUUUCCAUUGAUGGCCACAACAUCAAGGACCUGGAUCUUGAGUUCCUCAGGAGAAACGUAGCAGCUGUGCCACAGGAACCAUCGCUGUUUUCAGGAACAAUUAAGGAUAACUUGAAGGUUGGGAACUCGGAAGCAACCGAUGAAGAGAUACUGAAAGCAGCAUCAGCAGCCAAUGCAGACUCAUUCAUAUCUCUGCUUCCUGACAAAUACUCAACCUGGGUAGGAGAGAGGCAAGUGCAACUCUCAGGUGGCCAGAAGCAAAGAAUAGCUAUUGCACGAGCAAUUCUGAAAGAUUCUCCCAUUCUUCUUCUUGACGAGCCAACGAGUGCGCUUGAUUCAGAGUCAGAAAAGCUGGUUCAAGAAGCCUUGGAGAAAGUGAUGCAAGGAAGAACCGUCAUCAUCGUUGCCCACAGAGCAUCGACUGUGAGCAAUGCAGACACCAUUGUUGUCGUUGAAGAAGGAAGAGUGGCACAAAGUGGAAGUCACAGUGACUUGCUAGUAAGCAGCACCUUCUAUAAUAACCUGUUUCACAUGCAUAACAUGAAUCCAGAGAUGGGAGAGACCCAAUCAAGGUAGGUGAUCACUUGUUUAGCUGAUGAAACCAAUCGUAGAUAUAGCACCUGAAGUCUUGAUCCACUUCUCGAGAACAGGAAUACCACACCAGAGAUCAUUCAACACACACCAGCUUCUGAAGAACUCAAGGAACCAAAGAACCAGCCAAGUGAUCCUCCCAUAGGACGAAUGCAAACCUCAAAGAGCAGAACUGCUAAUUUCUCUAGAAUAUGGUUUAGGCUGAACAAGUUUGAGCUUGCAAAGACUGCUUUGGGCUCUCUUGCAGCAGCUGUCGCUGGUGUUUCGAAGCCAUUGUUCGGGUUCUUUAUCAUGACAAUUGGAGUAGCAUAUUACAAGCAGAACGCAAGGGAGACGGUAGGGAAGUACUCGAUAAUUUUCUGCGUCGUCGGUGUUCUUGCAUUGGUUGCUCAUACAUUGCAACACUAUCACUAUGGUGUGGUUGGGGAGAAAGCCAUGGGAAACCUCAGAGAAGCCCUUUUCUCAGCUGUUCUUCGUAACGAAGUAGCUUGGUUUGAGAAGCCUGAGAACGGUGUGGGACUGCUUGCAACACGCAUUGUUAGUGACACUUGCGUGAUCAAAACCAUCAUAUCAGAUCGAAUGUCUGUCAUCGUGCAAUGCAUCUCUUCGAUUCUUAUAGCGACAACCGUAAGCAUGAUCGUGAACUGGAGAAUGGGGCUGGUCGCCUGGGCUCUCAUGCCCUGUCACUUCAUCGGCGGCCUGAUACAAUCCAAAUCAGCCAAAGGUUUCUCCGGUGACUCUGCUUUGGCUCACCAACAACUCGCUGUUCUUGCAUCGGAAUCCGCGAGCAACAUCAGAACCGUGGCCGCCUUCGUCCACGAAGAGCAAAUGAUUACGAAGGCCAAACUUUCGUUGGAGGAGCCAAUGAGGAUUGGGAGGUUGCAGAGCAUCAAGUACGGGAUGAUUCAAGGCACGUCGCUGUUUCUUUGGAAUGUUGCACACGCUGUUGCCUUGUGGUACACCACAAUUCUGGUCGAUAAGAAUCAAUCCAGCUUCGAGGAUGGUAUAAGGUCGUACCAGAUCUUCUCGCUCACAGUUCCUUCCAUCACUGAGCUGUGGACUCUGAUACCGACAGUCGUUUCCGCCAUCGGCAUACUGAAGCCUGCAUUCGACAUCCUUGAUCGGGAAACUCGAAUCCUACCAGAUGUUCCAGAUGAAGUGAACUCUGAGAGAAUAUUAGGCGGAAUCGAAUUCGAGUGCAUCAGGUUUUCCUACCCAUCGCGUCCCCAAGUGGUCGUACUCGAUAGCUUCGUCUUAACGGUUGAAGCUGGAUCAUCUGUGGCGCUUGUUGGGCCUAGCGGAGCAGGGAAGUCCUCUGUUUUGGCACUCCUCAUGAGGUUCUACGAUCCUGCCCAAGGAAGAAUUCUGAUCGAUAGGAAGGACAUAAGAGAAUACAACCUGCGUUGGUUGAGGCAGCAGAUAGGUUUUGUGCAGCAAGAACCACUUCUCUUCAGCUCCACCAUAAGAGAGAACAUCUGCUACGGGAACGAAGGUGCGUCAGAGGCCGAGACCGUAGAGGCUGCAACAGAAGCAAACAUCCAUGAGUUCAUAAGCAGCUUGCCUGACGGAUAUGACACCAUGGUGGGGGAGAAAGGCUGCCAAGUAUCGGGUGGACAGAAGCAGCGGAUCGCCAUAGCGAGAACUCUGCUGAAAAGGCCGGUGAUUCUGCUGCUAGAUGAAGCCACCAGCGCACUGGAUGCUGAAACUGAGAGAACCAUCAUGCGAGCUUUGGGAUCGAGCAAGUGGUGGAGACGAGAAGACACUUCAUGCGGAAUCACCAGAGUGACAGUUGCUCAUAGGCUUUCUACGGUGAUCAGUUCAGAUAUCAUUGUGGUGAUGGAGAAGGGUAAGGUGGUUGAGAUGGGCAGCCAUUCCACAUUGAUUGGAGAAGCUGAUGGUGUUUAUUCGAAGCUUUUCCAUCUCCAGAACCAGUAGAAUUCACCAACUUCCAUUGACAUACCAAAAGAAUACAUAGGAAAAGAAACUUUCAUCAACGUUCCCUCUCGGGGAUUGUGAUGAUUUUAAUUGAGUCUUUUCUCCCUUUCUGAAAACCUUCAUGAGUAAAUUAGUCCU